AUGUCUACUAAAUUCUCUGCCAUCGCCAAGCCCUCGAGCUUCGUGGCCCGUCUACCACCAGACCCGGUUCUUCACAGCCCAGAAGUCGCCCGAAACAACCCCGACAAUGUUACUCAUACUCCUCGAAUCCUUGAUUCUGGAGCUUACUCAUUCACCCUCCCAGAACCCAGAAAACUGUACAAAUACCUUACCUCAAGCCCCACCGCCCUCCGAGACGUGGGGUUGAACCAAGAGGCAGUGGAAGAUCCUCAGUACCGCAAGAUUGUAUCGGGAGAAGCUUAUUUUGAUGCUGAACUAUCAAAGUUGCUCCCACCACCACACUCGCAAGCCUAUGCUGGAUGGCAGUUCGGACAGUUUGCAGGGCAACUCGGAGAUGGCCGAGUAGUGAACUUGUUUGAGGUGGCCAAGAACAAGUCAGAUGCCUCCCAGAACCGCAAGACGUACGAAGUUCAGCUUAAGGGAGCCGGGUUAACGCCAUUUUCUCGAUUCGCAGACGGCAAAGCCGUGCUCAGGUCAUCGAUUCGAGAGUAUACCAUCUCGGAGCACCUCAAUGCCAUUGGAAUCCCCACCACCAGGGCACUAGCAUUGGUCUACUUGCCGGAGACCCUAGCGAGACGAAGCAUGUACGAAAAGUGUGCAGUGGUGACGAGAUUCGCUGAGCUGUGGGUGAGAUUGGGGACGUUUGACUUGUAUCGUAUGCGAGGUGACUCGGAGGGGCUCCGUCAGUUAUGUGGAUACUGCAUCGACGAAUUGUUUACGGUGGACGGGGUGAAGUUCCCGUUAUUCUCGAGGUUUUAUGAGCAAUUCCCCCGGUUUUUUGGGGAUAUCGAUGAGUUGACCGACUACGACAAGUUUUUCUUCGAGGUGGUGCUCCGAAACGCCGUUGGAACUGCCAAAUGGCAGACAUACGGGUUCUUGAACGGGGUGUUGAACACAGAUAACACGUCUGUUUUGGGCUUGUCCAUGGACUACGGCCCCUUUUCCAUUAUGGACAAGUUUAAACCCGGCUACACUCCCAAUUCAGAGGACUUGGACGCUCGGUAUGGGUAUCGCAACACCCCCACGGCCAUCUGGUGGAACUUGACGAGAUUUGGUGAGAACUUGGCGGGGUUGGUGGGUGCUGGCCCUGAGUUAAUCGAUCUUCCUGAAGAACAGCUCUUUGCAAACGAAGAUAAAGUUAUCAAAAGAGCCACCAAAAUCAUUGAAAUUGGCGGUCACAUAUACACUCAUGCAUUCACCCAACAGUAUGUUGAAUCUUUCUACAACCGGCUUGGAUUGUCCACUCAAUUGGUCAAUAGAGACGAUCCAGACGAGCAGAAUCAACGGGUGGUUGCACCGCUUGUCAAGAUGCUUGAAAAGGUGGAAUGUGACUUCAACAAGUUCUUUGUGAAUCUUCAACAAUUAGACCAUACCAGUGGAAACAUGGACUUCAGAGCCAUGGGACAAGCUUUAAAGCUGAACAAUAAUGAAUUGUAUAAUGAUGAUGAAAUGAUUGAGCUUAUUUCGGACUGGUUGAAAGUGUACCAGCAAGAACUUGCGAAAUCGGAACUGUUGGGAUUUGACAGAGCCAAUUGCAAGCAAUACAACCCGUUGUUUCUUCCUAGAAACUGGAUAUUGGAUGAGGUGAUUGAGCGCACUCAGGAUUCCAAUGCCGAAGAUAUUAGCUACCUUAAAAAGCUUGAAAAGAUGAGUUUGAACCCAUUUGAUUCUUCCAAAUGGGGUGAUGAAUUGAAGGAUGUGGAGAGAAAGUGGUUGCAACAAGGGGAUUUAGGAGAAAAGUAUUCAAUGCUUCAGUGCAGCUGUUCUAGUUAGACACCGCCAGUUUACAUAAAUAAAUGUAUUUAGUAUAAAUCAA